AUGGAGUUCGGAACAGUUCGGCUCCCAGGCCCGUUUUGUUAUUCGCCAUUUCCCCGUCUCUUGGAGAAAUUGCCUUAUAAACGUGCCCCUUGCAUUCCAACACAAUGGGGCCCGAGACUCCCCAUUGCAGCGGGCCUCACACGUGCUCAUCUAGCCCGCUCGAUAUAUCGAUGUCGCUGUAUCGGAAGGCGCCCAUCGAUCAUGACAGUAACUGCCACCUUAGGCACAGCUUCCGUAUUUAGCGUCGACUUCGCACUCUGUUCUCAGGCCGGAGCAUGGGGGGGGGGGGUCAGUCCCCCUUCUCGAAUUUCCGUUUAG